UUAAGUAUUUAGGUAUUCACACAAUUAUCAUUCAUCAUCAUACUAUGGUCAUAAAACUGUUCUGAUAGCAAUUUACCUUCAUUGCUUUUCUGAAACAUACAUUAUCAACUGUAAAAUAAAAAGUCUACACGUAAUGCAUUACGCACAUGUUCAGUCUGCUGACAACACACGUAGUAAGAUUUUUAAAUACUCCUAUUAUAUGAAGUACAUAUGUAUGACAAAGAUUACAAUUGUUAUAUUUCUUAUUUCUAAAAUAUGAAUUAUCAAGUACGAUGGAUAUUUAUCGCAGCAUUUCUUGACUUAUUCGCUGUUAGCCUAAUAUUACCAUCUCUGUCAGCACAUUUGAAAACUUUACAAGCAUCAUACUUGAUGAUCGGAAUGAUGACUUCUAUCUAUGCUGCGACACAAUUAUUAAGUGGACCAAUAAUUGGAAGUUGGAGUGAUAAGAUUGGACGUCAAAAAAUAUUUAUAAUAAGCUAUUUCAUUGUUGGAUGUUGUUAUCCUAUUAUAGGAAUAUUGAAAUCAUUAUAUCUUAUUUUAUUCCUUCGUGCAAUAAUGGGAAUAUUCAAACAUGGUCAAGUUUUAUUACGCACAAUGAUUACUGAUCAAACACCAAUUAAACAACAACCAUUAUUAUUUGGUCGAUUAAAAUCAGUAGCAGGAAUCAGUUUUACAAUAGGUCCUGCAAUUGGAGGUCAUAUAGCUGAACUUGAUAGAGGAUUCUUUUACAUAUCAUGCUGUACAGGAGCUUUAUUAGUGAUUAAUAGUGUGAUUGGAUACAUAUAUUUUAGAGAUUUACCACGCAUUAAUUCAAUCGAUCAAUCAGAAACAAAAUCAGAUUCUGUAGGAAUCAUUGAUGCAAUUAAAAAUUUAAUGAAUAUUAAAUGGUUAAUGUUUGGUGAAAUUUUUCUUUUAAAAUUUAUGUUAGAUAUGUCAACAGGCAUUUAUCAUUCGAAUUACAAUCUUAAAAUUCAAGAAAAAUUUGAUUUAUCUCCUAAACUCUCCGGAUAUACAAUAGCAUUCCAGAGUCUUGUUGGAGUAUUGACAGGCAUUUUUGUAGAAGAUAUAAAUAACAAAUUAUAUAAAAAUGAUGAAAAUUAUUGUAAACGUAAUUUACAUGGAUUUUUAUUUAUGUCAAUUGCAUACCUGGGAAUAUAUUUUGCAAGUCAUUUAAGUGUUUUUUUGUUUUGGACUGUAAUAUUAAAAACAAGUCACAUGUUCCUUCGAAUUAUAUUAACUGAUAUGUUAAUGAGAAAGUGCCCUACGAAUCAUACAGGAUCGGUGACAGGUACAGCUAACAGUGUUUCUAAUUUAGCAAGGCUUGUAACACCUUUGUUAGCUGGAUUAGUUGAAGAUAUGUGGGAAAAGAAUAGUACAAAUUUUCUGGCAGCUGUAAUUUCUACUAUUGGAGUUGGUAUUUCUUUUUCGAUUAAAUCCACAGAUUUGAGAAAAAAUCAAUAGAAAAAUUAUGACAUUUCUAUAAGAUAAAUUAUUAAUAAUAUAAAAAAUUUAACUUGGUGAGAUAAAUUUUU